GUUAUUAUUCUUAAAUCAUGGUUCCAUGUCCAGGGAAGCCAUAAAUCAGGUGUCAAAGGACAGGGCACCUCCGGCUGCUGGGAAAGUGCCUGCCCAAGGAGAGCGGGCGGAAGGAGGCCAGGCCUCCCCGCUGCCCGAGACUGGUCCCUGGGGAUGGGGGGAUGCCCACACCUGGGGUCAGGGGUGGCCUAGGAAGAAGUGGGCACUGCCCGCGGGAUCCUCCCGGGGACUAGCAGGGGGCACCGCUCCCACCCCCGGAUCCUCACUGGCCCUGGGGCCAGGGAGAAGGCCCGAUGAGGAGGGAUGUGGGGUGACCUCAGUCUUUAUCAUGGUGACCCCAGGACUGAACGGGGCUCCUGAGAGGAGAGAGGAGGGAUGGGUGAUCGGCAGAGAGCAUUGCAGGCAGGAGGAAGUGGUGGGGAGACGGGCUCCCAGCCCCUUCCCGCUCCGGACCACCUCCUCGUGGGGUGACUGACAGUGGGCAGAGGCUUUGGCAGGGCUGAAGCCCAGCCCGGGACACUGGCAUCAAAAGUAUCAAGCCUGGUGAGUGACCGAGGAGCCCCACCGCCCUAGGGAUGCCAGCCUUUCCUGUGAUGUGGUUGCCACGAGGCCUCGCUGAGCAGGAGGGGCGGGAACGGGGGCCUGAGGCCGACCUGGAGGAGGUGUGGGGCUCUGCAGGCCUGAGUGUGAUGGCCACCGGGGACCUGACCUUCCCCAGACCUGGAGGCCGUGGGGCCCAGGAAGGAAGCCCCCGGCUGCAGCCCAGAGUGGCCCCCACCAGCCUGUGUGCCCCGUGGGCCCGGGAGGGCCUGGGCCCUAGGCAGGCACAGGGCAGCCCCCUCCCACCAUCCAGGCCCCCAGGCGAGGAGGUGUCAGAGUAUUCAAGCACGAGCUGUCUCCUCCAGCCCCGGGAGCGGAGCGUGCGCACGACCCCACCCCAGACCCUGCCUCUCCUCUGCCCUCCCAGCAGCCUCUGCACCGGAGGCCCUGGCUGCUGGCCGGGAGUCCCGUCACGGUCGCGGGCAGGACAUGCAGGCAGGUGGGGAUGCCAUCCCUCGCCUGUGUCCCUCCGCCCGGCUCGCCCGGCUGUGUGCCCAAGGCCUGGGGCUCGUCUGCCAGGAAGACCAGCCCCCAGGGCCGCCGCAGGACUGGGGGAGCCCGCCCCACAGACGCUGACCCCCAGGCGGGGGUCUCCAUCUUCUUCACGGCUGCGUCCCCAGGGCGAGGGGGGCCGGAGAUGCUGUGGCGCUCAGAUCAUGAAGGCAGGAUGCGGGUUCAUGAUUUUCCAUCACAUGAUUCCUGAGAAACAGCAAAGCCCCUUCCCCGUGUCAGCGGAACGUGCCGGGCAGGGUCCUUGGCCUGAGACUGCACCUUUGCUGCCUCUGCUGGUUCUCCACGGAUGCUGGAAAGAGUGACCGUAACCGUCGCUGCUGUUCAGCCAGGCGUGUCCGACUCUUCGCGACCCCACGAUCUGCAGCUCGCCAGGCCGCCCUGUCCUUCACCGCCUCCCGGAGUCGUUCACUGCAUCGGUCAGAUGCUUGGAAAACAGGCACGAGCUCUCUCCCAGCUCUGGGGUCCAGAGUCCGCCAGCAGGGUGUCAGCCGGGCUGCGCUCCCCACCGGCUCUGGGGGAGCUCCCACGGCCUCAUCCAGCUUCCCGGGGCCCCCUGACCUCUCACACGGCUUCUCUCCCCUGUGUCUGCACCUCAAGUCUCCAUUUCUGUCCUGAGAACACCCGUCCUUUGACUGGGGACCAUCCUUACCUAGUGCAGCCACAUCACAAGCUCAUUAUAUUCACCUCCCACCACCCACUCCCCAGGGAAGGUGCCUGCAAGCUCUGCCCCCACCGUCAGCCCUGAGCACCGAGGGUACAGCCUUCCCGUGGGCAGCGGCUGCAGGACACGCCUGGGAGGCUGACGGGCACACGGGUGCCAGGUGCAGCCUCGUGGGACCACCCUGCCUAGGAGCCCGCCCCACCCCGCUUCCCUGCCCACCUACAGCCUCAGGAAGUCAGGCGGCCCCCCCUAGCCCCAGCUUCCUCAUCUGUCAAGUGGGGUCCGCAGUGACCCGGGACUGCCCAGCGAAAGGGAAGAAAAGCCACGGGCCUUGCAGUUUCCCUGCCAGGGUGCUGGGACCAUGUCCCUCUGCUCUUUUGUCAUCUGCUAGGCCCCCUCUCUCAUGAGAGGGGCUGACUUUGAGGAGGGUGAGGAACCGCGUGGACGAGCAGAGGCCAACGGGAAUCCGUGGGUGCCCCCUGGUGCUGCGAGCCCUGCGUGCAGACAGUCAGGGUGGGAGCAGGGUGCCAAGCGGGACCGUCUGGACCCAGCCAUUGUGACAGGCUGGUCCCCCAGGCAGAGAACUCGGAGAGGCCAGGAGUGGAGCCCUGGCCCCGAGGUGACACACGUUCUCAUCUGGCCCCGUCCCUCCAUGUGAACGGAGCUGACCUGCCCCCGGGCAGGACGGGACUGGGCAGGGGAGUGGGGUUGGAGCAGGGCCUCUCUCCCUCGCCCCGUGCCAGGCCGGUCCGCGCCCACAGACCCCUGCCCUGCCUGUCCCUCCGUGGCUCAGACCGCUUCCUGGACCUUGGGCCACCAGGGCCAGGCCCCGAGGAAGUGGCCCUGCCUCCGCUGGCCUCUGGGUGCCCUGUCCCUGUGGUCCUCAGAUGCUGCAUCCAACCCCUGCUCCGACUCAGGGGGACUGCGUCCAGGGUGGACUCUGGCCCUGGCUGUGCCUGCUGCCAAGUUUCUCCUGCUCCCAGGACCUCCUUCCCCCAGCUCUGGAAAGACCCUGGUAACAGCAGGGCCCAUCCCCACUGAUGAGAAAGCAAGCGGGAAGAUGCUCUGGACCGCAGGUGUGGGCGGGGGUGAGAUGGCGCCCCCUGGUGGCGGGAGCAGCACUGGGGGGGGGGGGGCCGGCCCGGGCCGGAAGGCUAGUGUCCGGAUGCUGACCGGCUGGGGCGGGACCAGCUGGGGCUCAGGGUCUGGGGUCUGCAGGAAUCUGCUGGGGUCUCAGGGGUCUGUGUCCCUAGCUGGUCAGGUCCCCGCAGGCCCACGGAAACACCUGGAGGCUCCAACGACAUUACAGCCACCCAGACGUGGACAAAACAUUGUUGAACCAAACCAAGACCAGGGGGCCAGGCCCACAGGCGGCCUUCAUCUGGGUGGAAGGCAGUGAUUUGUCUGUACCAUUUAUUGAGUUUUCAUUAUAAAGUAAUCCUUAAAUUCAUCCCCUGACUAAUCAACAGAGGAGUUACAGAUACAGCCUAAAAGCCCUUGUCGUUAAGUCACUUAGUCGUGUCCGACUCUUCGCGACCCCAUGGACCGUAGCCGACCAGGCUCUUCCGUGCAUGGGAUUCUCAGGCAAAAUUAUUGGAGUGUGUUGCCAUUUCCUUCUCCAGGGGGUCUUCCAGCCCAGGCAUUGAACCCGAGUCACCUGCGUGGCAGGCAGACGCUUUGCCACUGAGACACCUGGGAAGCCCAAGACCUUCCCUCAAAGGCCAGCACACCCUGAAGAGACGGGGGAGCAUCCCAGGGAGGAUUUUGGAAAACCGCUGUGACCCGGACAAAGAGCGCAGGGAGAAGAAUGGCCCCGGGGGACACGGAGGUGACGGAGGAAGGGCUGGGGAAGGGCCUACUGGCCUCUGCGAAGCCAGGCGAUGGGUCCCUGCAGGCGACGGCGGAGUGGGGUAAGGAUGAAGCCGCCACGGCAGUGACCAGCGGCGCUGCAGGCCUGUGACAGCUGAGCUGCUGCUCAGGCCAAGAGGGAAAGCAGCAGUACCAGCUCAGAGCCGCUGCAGCGGAGAGGCGGGGACGCCGGCCCGUCCUGACCCCAUGGAUACACUGCAGGAGUCCCUGAUCCCUCAGAACCUGGGGUCCCCCAGAGGUGCCUGGCUCCCCCAGACACAGAGUGGCUGCACCUACCGCUCACCGUGAGCAUUCUGGCUCCAGGGGUCACCGCGGCUGUCUCCACAGCGAGGACUUGGCCCCUCCAGGUCCAUCCACCCCAGGACACAGACAAAGGCCUCGUGGCUCCCAGCACCACAGGCAGUGUGGACAUCGGCAUGUUUCCGGGGGCUCCCAGCAGCCCCACGUGUCCAGCAGGGAUGGGGGCCCGAGACACCCACAGGCCCAGAUGACGCCGGACGCCCAGCAACGCUGGAGCAGGAGCAGACACGCAGCAAGCAGCAAGCGUGGCCGCCAGCACCAACUCUGCGGCCGCAGC